ACUUGGUGAGCAUUUUAAGAGCAGUUUUCGCGAAUCACUUUUCCUCUCCUUCUCUCCCUCUCUCUCCCCCAUACUAUAUCGGAUCUAUGCGCUCACUGUCUUGACCGUCUCCGAUCGGUUUUUUUACUCCAGAUCUCGCAUUCCAAAGUAAGUUCUUACCGUACAGGUGAAAGAUGGCGCAGAUUCUACUACACGGGACGCUUCACGUCACGAUCUACGAGGUCGAUCAGCUUCAUGGCGGAGGCGGAGGAUCGAACAUCUUCAAAAAGUUUAUGCAAAACGUUGAGGAGACUGUUGGUUUUGGCAAAGGGACUACCAAAAUCUAUGCAACUAUUGAUCUGGAAAAGGCUAGGGUUGGACGGACCAGAAUGAUAGAAAAUGAACCUAACAACCCCAGGUGGUACGAGUCUUUCCACAUCUACUGUGCCCAUAUGGCUUCAGAUGUUGUAUUUACUAUCAAAGAUGAUAAUCCUAUUGGGGCAACUUUGAUUGGAAGAGCUUAUGUACCUGUUCAAGAACUCUUGGAAGGAGAAGAAGUUGACAGAUGGGUUGAGAUCUUGGAUAAGGAGAAAAAUCCGAUCCGUGAAGGUUCUAAGAUCCAUGUGAAGCUUCAAUAUUUCGAGGUCGCCCGCGAUCGUAGUCAUGCUCGUGGAAUUCGAAGUUCUAAGUUCCCUGGAGUUCCUUACACAUUCUUCGCACAGAGAAAAGGAUGCCGUGUUUCUUUGUAUCAAGAUGCUCACGUGCCUGAUAAAUUUGUCCCCAAAAUUCCUCUUGCUGGAGGAAAACUUUAUGAGCCCCACAGAUGUUGGGAAGAUAUCUUUGACGCUAUCACCAAUGCAAAACACAUGAUAUAUAUUACUGGCUGGUCUGUAUAUACUGAAAUUUCCUUGAUAAGGGACUCAAGGAGGGAAAAGCCAGGAGGAGACACCACCUUGGGUGAGCUGCUUAAGAAAAAGGCAAGCGAAGGUGUCAGGGUUCUUAUGCUUGUAUGGGAUGACAGAACCUCUGUGGGUCUACUGAAGAAGGACGGAUUGAUGGCCACCCAUGAUGAAGAAACUGAACACUACUUCCAAAACACUGAUGUCCAUUGCGUCUUAUGCCCUCGUAAUCCUGAUGAUGGUGGAAGUAUAGUUCAGGAUUUACAAAUUUCCACCAUGUUCACUCAUCACCAAAAACUUGUGGUGGUCGACAGCGAGAUGCCUUCUGGAGGGUCUCAGCAGAGGAGGAUUGUCAGUUUUGUUGGUGGAAUUGAUCUCUGUGACGGCAGAUACGAUACACCCUUCCAUUCACUUUUCAGGACUCUGGACACUGCACAUCAUGAUGAUUUUCAUCAGCCAAACUUUACUGGCGCUGCAAUCACGAAAGGUGGCCCCAGAGAGCCUUGGCACGACAUUCACUCCCGACUUGAAGGACCCAUUGCUUGGGAUGUCUUGUUUAAUUUUGAGCAGAGAUGGAGAAAGCAAGGUGGGAAGGAUCUACUCGUUAACUUGAGAGAACUCAAUGACAUCAUUAUUCCCCCGUCUCCAGUUACAUUCCCUGAUGACCAUGAGACAUGGAAUGUGCAGUUGUUCAGAUCUAUCGAUGGUGGAGCUGCUUUUGGCUUCCCUGAAACACCUGAAGAUGCAGCAAAAGCUGGUCUAGUCAGUGGGAAGGACAAUAUCAUUGACCGAAGCAUUCAAGAUGCUUAUAUUCACGCUAUCCGUCGAGCUAAGAACUUCAUAUAUAUUGAAAAUCAGUAUUUCCUUGGUAGCUCUUUUGGCUGGUACUCGAAUGAUAUCAAAGUUGAGGAUGUUGGUGCUUUGCAUCUAAUUCCAAAGGAACUUUCGUUAAAGAUUGUUAGCAAGAUUGAGGCUGGGGAGAGGUUCACUGUCUAUGUUGUUGUCCCAAUGUGGCCCGAGGGAAUUCCAGAGAGUGGGUCCGUUCAGGCCAUUUUGGAUUGGCAGAGGAGGACAAUGGAGAUGAUGUAUAAAGACAUUAUUCUGGCUCUCCGAGCUAAGGGCAUUGAUGAGGACCCUCGUGACUAUUUGACAUUUUUCUGCCUUGGCAAUCGGGAGGUGAAGAGGGGUGGAGAAUUUGAACCGGGAGAAAAACCAGAGCCUGAUUCAGACUAUAUUCGAGCCCAGGAGGCUAGGCGCUUCAUGAUCUAUGUUCAUGCCAAAAUGAUGAUCGUUGAUGACGAAUACAUCAUUGUCGGAUCAGCUAACAUCAACCAGAGGUCAAUGGACGGUGCUAGGGACUCCGAGAUAGCCAUGGGGGCCUACCAACCAUACCACUUGAUGACAAGGCAGCAGCCAGCGCGGGGCCAGGUCCAUGGUUUCCGCAUGUCACUCUGGUACGAACACCUUGGCAUGCUCAACGAGACAUUCAGCCAUCCAGAAAGCGUCGAGUGCAUCAAAAAGGUGAAUGAGGUAGCUGAUAAGUACUGGGACCUGUACUCGAGCGAGAGCCUCGAACGUGAUCUUCCGGGUCACCUGCUUCGCUACCCCAUUGCAAUCGCUAGUGAAGGUGAAAUCACGGAGCUUCCGGGAAUGGAGUUCUUUCCGGACACCAAGGCAAGGAUUUUGGGUGCUAAGUCUGACUACAUGCCUCCCAUCCUUACUACAUAAGUUGGUUUUCUUCUCAGGUAUGCUGUUUUGAGAAUAAACUCCCUACUUACGCAGCUGUGUAAUAAGUUGUGUGCCGUAUCCUGCAGACUACUUUACUGUUUUUCUGCAGAUGUCUUUAUGUUAGGUUUGACCGCGGUUUAGGAAUGCUGUUGUGUGAUUUUGAUACUGAUAAGAUAACUUUAACUUAUUUGGAGUGUUAUAAGGUUUUCUCAUGUUAUCUGAUUACACAGUUCUUGUUA